CAAAAAGCCAGGCUGGUCACGUGAUCGGUGGAAGGCAAGGCAGUGCCUGGUUGUUUCAAAGAGGAAAAAGAGCUUGCGGAGUGAAGGCGGCCAGGCUGCAGGAUCUUCCACAAGUAUUGCAGACCAAGAAUAGGUCUCUUCAGCCACCUAAGAACCCACCCACAGGACCCCACGGCUGGAAGACCAUCAUCCUCGAACUACGAGGGAUCGCCUAAGUAACACAGCCCUAAUCAUGAAGCUCAUGGACUCUUUCUUCUUCCUGGCCCUUGUUCCUUUGGCUCUGGCCUUGGAAAAUGGGCUCAUGAGAACACCUCCAAUGGGAUGGCUUUCAUGGGAGCGGUUUCGUUGUAAUACGGAUUGCAAGUCAGAUCCCCACAGCUGUAUUAGUGAGAAACUCUUCAUGGACAUGGCAGAUCGUUUGGCGACGGAUGGCUGGAGGGAGCUGGGCUACGUUUAUGUGAAUAUAGAUGACUGCUGGAUGGCAAAGGAGCGGAGUGCUACAGGGCAGCUCAUUCCAGAUCCUGAAAGGUUCCCGAGUGGAAUCAAAGCCUUGGCAGAUUAUGUGCACGCUCGUGGGCUGAAGCUUGGCAUUUAUGGCGACAUUGGCACCUUCACUUGUGGAGGGUACCCUGGCACCACAUUGGAUCGAAUUGAACAAGAUGCUUUAACAUUUGCACAGUGGGGAGUGGACAUGCUGAAAUUUGAUGGCUGCUACUCAUCAUCAGAUGUGCAGGCCCAAGGUUAUCCUAAAAUGUCCAGGGCUCUGAAUGCAACCGGCCGUCCUAUUGCCUAUUCCUGUAGCUGGCCAGCCUAUCGAGGGGGACUUCCACCUCAGGUGAACUACACUCUCCUGGCAAACAUAUGUAAUCUCUGGCGAAACUAUGGUGACAUACAAGACUCUUGGGACAGUGUCCUCUCCAUUGUGGAUUGGUUCUCCGCCAACCAGGAUAUCCUUCAGCCAGUGGCUGGACCUGGUCACUGGAAUGAUCCAGACAUGCUCAUCAUUGGAAACUUUGGCCUGAGCUGUGAACAGGCUCGGUCCCAGAUGGCUUUAUGGACCAUAAUGGCAGCUCCUCUGUUCAUGUCCACUGACCUCCGUGCAAUCUCGGAGAGUGCCAAGGAGAUCCUAAAGAACAAACUGAUGAUCAAAAUCAACCAAGACCCCCUGGGAAUUCAAGGACGCAGAAUCCUUCAGGAGAAAUCUCACAUAGAGGUGUUCCUGCGGCCACUGUCACACUCAGCCAGUGCUCUGGUUUUCUUCAGCCGGAGGACAGACAUGCCUUAUCGCUAUACCACCUCCCUUGCUCAGCUCAAUUUUACACAGGAUGUUGUGUAUGAGGCACAGGACGUAUACACUGGUCAAAUCAUCAGUGGCCUGAAGGCUGCAGAUAACUUCACCAUUGUAGUUAAUCCCUCCGGAGUAGUCAUGUGGUAUCUCUACCCGACAAUGUAUUUGGACCAGCCUUUCAGCUUUGUACAACAUCAUCCUGAAGCCAAGAAAGCCCGUCCUUUCACUUUGUGAUCUUAAAAAGCCAAGAAGUUGGAAUUAUUUUGCCAGCACACCACCAGGAGGCAGAGUUUCCUCCUAACAUUUCUGUUGGUGCCUGUAAAAGAGAAUGCACAAUGUGUUGAUUUUACACAGUCUGAGAUUAAGCUUCAGGCCUACCGUCUAGGGCUGAAGAGAGAUUCAGUUCUGUAUUAGGAUACCAUUGAUUCAUUGGGAAGAGAGCAUUGCUAAGGAUUAGGUAUAUUAAGAUACAACAUCAUGGCUCAUCUUAAAAUAUUUUAAAGGGGGGGAAAUAUAGGGUAUUUCUAUAAGAUGGUGGGGAAUGGGGAAUGAGCAAAGUAUGGCCCAUCAGAUGUUUUUGAAAUGCAAUUUCCAGUCAUCACUAUUCACUGUGCUUUCUAGGGUUUAUUGGUGUUGUAGUCUGGCAGCAUCUGCAGGGCCACAAUUAGCCCACCUGUCAUAGGCUUUAAAAAGUAGCCUUUGAUUUUUAAUAUUUGGUCUGGAACCAUCUUCCUUGAGCUCAUCCUUGAGUUCACCCUCCUCUUCUCCUCCAUCUGUGCAUAAUGCAAGAUUUUUUUUCUCUGUAGCAGCACUGGUAACAAUCAAAUCAAUACUAAUUUAAUUACCUAGCAAGAGAAAGAAGACAGUGUAGUAACAACAACAUGCUCUACCUCAACCAAGGAUUAAUUAAUAUCCCACAACUGCAAGUAAUCAUUUUGAAUGUCUAAUAGUUGAAUCUUCUCUUCUAAGACUGUUGUUGCUGUUGUGUGUGCCUUAAGUCAUUUCCAGUUUAUAGUGAGCCUAAGGCAAAUCUAUCCUGGGGUUUUCUGGAGCUGAGAUUAUGUGACUCAUCCAAUAAUAAUAAUAAUAAUAAUAAUAAUAAUAAUAAUAAUAAUAAUAAUAAUAACUUUAUUUAUACCCCGCCACCAUCUCCCCAAUGGGGACUCGGGGCGGCUUACAUGGGGCCAUGCCCGGGAAAAAUACAAUAUAACAAAAUAUAAAAACAACAUAUCAUAGGUCAGCCAAGUGGGAAUCAAACCCUGGUCUCCAGAGUUGUAUUCCAACACUCAAACCACUAUGCCAUGUUGGCUGAUAUAGGAGCAAUCAUAAGAUUUAAAAUGCUAGCUAGCUGUGAAAAUCUAUGUCAAGGACAUGCCCAGACAUAUUAAUUUGACAUCUGUAAGGAAACUAUAUGAGCAAGCUCAGAGUUUAGAAAAGUUACUGUUUUGAACUCUGGCCAUACUGGCUAGGGGAUUCUGGGAGCUCUGAUCCAAAACAGUAACUUUUCUAAAUUCAGAGCAAACCUGUAUCUGUAUUCAGCUUUCUAAAGCUAUCAUUUUGAAUGUAAUGUAUAUUCUUUUGCAUAAAAUCAAGGAUCCAUCCAGUCCUGCAUUCUAUUUGGAGUAGUUCUAAAUGAUGAAUGGAAUGCUCAGUAUCAUUUGUAAUAAUUUGUAAUCAUUUUUUAAAUCGUUACUCACCUUCAGUCCCUUUACUGGUGGAGACAGGUUGUAGUAAUAAAAAGGAUGAGGGGCUACAACUUCCUGACGUACAGAACUGAAUGAUCUGUGUGUAGUGUAGGCAUUCAUGACAGUCCUCAGAACCACAACUUCAAUGAGCAUCAAAAAUACAGACUACCAUAUUGAUCCAUGUUGACAAUCAUUUCUAGGACUUUUCUCUUUCUACCUGGAGUAAGUCCUUUGUAAAGCUCAUAGAUCAAUCUUACCUGUUCAGAAUCAAGUACCUCAAAAAACUUCUUGAUUGGAACCCCAUAUUGUUUCUGGAAAAAUCAAUUCCUGCUCACUGUACAAUGUGGCAGAACAGGGAAGUUUGAGAGAUGUGCCAGACGAUAUCAUCCCAGCUAUACAAAUUAUUUAAAAGUUAUGGUCCUUGAUCCAUCAAGGCCUGGUUCCAUUAUACUGGCUAUGCAUAACACAUUUUAGUUUACAUAUUUCCUUGAUCCUUCUCAGAAGAAAUUAUCUGUCUACCACCAAGGGUUACUGGCAAUGGUUAAGGCCUGGCCAACCUGUGGCACUCCAGAUGGUUAGGCUUCAGCUCCCACAAUUCCUACCAGCUGGUAAAAUGGCUGGGAGUUCUAGGAGUUGGAGGCCCAAACACCUGGAGUUGGCCAGGAUUGCAUUGGGCCCUAUUUUUUUUUAAUUUAGUGGUUCUAACCUUUGUUCCUCCAGAUGUUUUUGACUUCAACUCUUAUAGAUCUCAACUUGACUGACAGUCAGAAAUUUUGGAAGUUGAAUAUAGUACCACUGAGUCCAAUUCAGAAAGAGGGUUGACAUAGGGAUACUCAGAUAUUCCUAUAGUGGAGUCAGAAUCACACAGUCCUCCAGUCGUUUUGAUUAUAGUUCAAUAAACCAGACAGCAUAGCCAAUGGUGAAGAACACAGAGUUGCAUCAAAUAUCUGGAGGACCAGUAUCCUGGCCCUAUAGAAGAUCUAUUUUCAUGCAUCAGAUUAUCCUCCUUCUAUUUCUGUAAUCUCAACAUCUGUCAGUAGGAGCAAUGUCAUUACAUUAUUGAGCUUCAGACUAUGGAAUGUCCUUGCUCCAGGAUUGUUCUGCCUUUGCUUUCAAUUCGAAAUGACUAUUCGAAAUGACUACAGCACCCUACUCUCUCUGACUGAUACAUUUUCCAGUAAUUUGGGUUUUUAAAGUUUAAGUUUUCUCAAGGAAUCACAUCAUGUCUGAUUUUGGAACAUAGGUACAGGGAUGCAAGACUGCUAAGGAAUAACAGUUGCUAUGGGCUAUAUUUCAGAGGCAGGAACUGGCAAACCUCUGAUUUUUCUUUGUCUAAGUUAAAUCCUAUGAAAUUCAUGGGGUUGACAGGUAGCUUUGAAGACACAUAUACACAUCACAAUGUAUUGUAUGCCACUUUAUAUCCUUAAUUUUUGUUCAAAUAUUUUGUAUUCUUAAAUCACAUUUUGAAUAAAAGGUAUCAUUUUUAAA